CCGGGAACACCCCGCGUUUCUCUCGCCGGAGUUUGUCCUGUUGUUGGAGAUAAGUUGCGUCUCGGUGCGUCAGAUGGAGAUCCGCUGGCACAACACUUUCCACACUUUCUACACUUUCUGGUGGUUGAACUCUGGACCAAAGCGCACGCCUUUGCUCCGACUGUGGUCCAGCCUUUUGGCGUUAUUGAGAGGAGAUGCUGAUGUUGCCGGGCAGCCGUGGGUGCGCACAACACCCAGAGAAGUGUAUUUACAUGAAGGCAGCCACGCUCGCCUCUUCUCCCUGUAACGGAGCCAUGCAGUAGUCUCAACACGUCCAGUGGUUACACCUCCAGCAGCUGUCCGCCUCCCAGUAUAACCGUUCCGUGACGCGCGUAAAAGAAGGACGCAGCUGUCGGGAUUCCCUGACUGAUGUUGCGCUAAAAAAAAAGGAAGAAAACAAUAAAACAGCGGAAACAAGACACACGGGUGAAACUGCUGCGGAGGAAACGGAUCUAAUCUCAAUGGACACGACAACAGAGAGUUUAUCUGAACACUGAGAAGACGGGGAAAGAGCUGACGACACAGAAGCAUUUAUAUUGGCGAAAAAUCGCUUCGCUGGUCAUAGCAUUUCAGCUCAUAUUUCUAUAUAGCUGCCAAAAAAACACAGGGAUAUGAAACAAUAACCGACAAUCAGCGUUGAUUGCUUCAAUAUUUCUCCCCGUGUGGUUUUGAUUGCACUGUUCGGGCUUUCCUGUAUCAUCAAAGUUUCCAUACAGACCUCAAUUUAGAAGGCUUCGCGCAGACUUCGGGACAGAUAAGAGCGACAACAAGCAAACCUUUGUAUCUGUCGUCGUCGUCAUCGUCCCGCAUGCGGCUCCCCGCUUAGCUUUAUUGAAGAGGAGGAGGCCAUUAAAGCAUUUGACAGAUAGGAAGGCUUGGUGUGAAGGUGUUGUUGCCGGCUGGCCGCUGGUUGGAGAUGAGAUAAGAGCUCUGGGAAGAGAGGGAAGACGUGACUGAAUACAAAUGAGGAUUCAUUUCUGCUGGAGGUGCACCAGUCGAGCGAGAUGGACAAAUUAGUCGAGAACUGUGCGACGCAAAGGAUGGGAAGGUGCAGUCGCUGAAAGGAGGAUAAAGGAACUUCCCGCGGUCCCCAAACCGAGUAGAGUUGAGCCAUCGCCAGUGCCAUGUGUGAACUGAUCUGUGUGCAGUUUUAUAUCAUCGUGGUGAGGCAUCACGAAACCGCAUAGAAAGGCGAGAUGGAGCUGAGUAAUAUCUCACUGGACUACUUCAACAGCAACCUCACGGAGGUCCCCGACGCCACCCCUGCUCCGGCCUGGAGCGAGGCCACGCUGCUCGGCCUGCAGGUCUCCCUGUCGGCGCUGUUGGCGCUCGUCACCUUGGCCACCGUGCUCUCCAACGCCUUCGUCAUCGCCACCAUCUUCCUGACCAGGAAGCUGCACACGCCCGCCAACUUCCUGAUCGGCUCGCUGGCCGUCACGGACCUGCUGGUGUCCAUCCUGGUCAUGCCGAUCAGCAUCGUCUACACCGUCAGCAAGACCUGGUCGCUGGGGCAGAUCGUGUGUGACAUCUGGCUGUCGUCGGACAUCACCUUCUGCACGGCCUCCAUCUUGCACCUGUGCGUGAUCGCGCUCGACCGCUACUGGGCCAUCACGGCCGCUCUGGAGUACUCAAAGCGGCGCACCAUGCGCCGCGCGGGGAUUAUGGUCGGCGUGGUGUGGGUGAUCUCGAUAUCCAUCUCCAUGCCUCCGCUUUUCUGGAGGCAGGUCAAAGCCCACGAGGAGCUGACUGAGUGUAUGGUGAACACGGAUCAGAUCUCUUACACGAUAUACUCCACCUUCGGCGCCUUCUACGUUCCCACCGUGCUGCUCGUCAUCCUCUACGGACGGAUAUACGUCGCCGCCCGCUCUCGCAUCUUCAAGUCGCCGUCGUCGUCCGGGAAGCGCUUCACCACCGCGCAGCUGAUCCAGACCUCGGCGGGCUCCUCCCUCUGCUCUCUCAACUCCGCCUCCAACCAGGAAGCACACCUGCACUCUGACGGCGCGGGAGGAGGAGGAGGAGGAGGAUCGCCUCUGUUCAUGAACAUCGUGAAAGUGAAGCUGGCCGACAGCGUGGUGGAGAGGAAGCGUCUGUGCGCGGCGCGCGAGCGGAAAGCCACCAAGACGCUGGGCAUCAUCCUGGGCGCGUUCAUCGUCUGCUGGCUCCCGUUUUUCGUGGGCACGCUGGUCACGGCCAUAUGCAAGGACUGCUGGUUCGACCCGGUGCUGUUCGACGUGUUCACCUGGCUCGGGUACCUGAACUCCCUCAUCAACCCCGUGAUCUACACCAUGUUCAACGACGAGUUCAAACAGGCGUUUCAGAAACUCAUGAAGUGCAGACGCUUCUCUUGAAAAAAGCCACCAGAUGAAGAAAAAAACAAUAAUAGAUAAUGAUUAUAACAUAGUAUUGAUCGUUUAAGUCUCUCAUCUUGUAACGACAACUGUGACUUUUGUUCUUUUUGUGCGUGCGUGUGCGUGCGUGUGUGCGUGUACCAAACAGCUCCAUGCCAUAACUCUUUAGAUACUGACCGUAUAUCCGUCAUAUAGAUUUAUGCAUGCAUGCUUUUGAAAGAUCGAUCUCUCUCUCGUCAGCGGGACAGUAUGGACGGAGUAAACCCACAGUGACUGGACUGAAUCCAGAGGAAAUGAAAAGCCAUGAAGUAUACAUGUAUGUUGUCUUUAUCUCUGUGACUGUACGCUGCCGGUGCGCCCGUAUAACCUUUAUGUGCUACAGUAAAGAAUUUAGAAAAAACCAGAACCUUCGAAGAGAUUCAGUGAAAAAUGUCUUUCCUACUUGAACAUGGUGUGUGUGUGUGUGUUUGAGGUAGUUACUUUAAUGUAAUCCUGUAAUAUAUGCGUGUGUGUGCGAGGAAGUGCGGAUUGUCAAGUGUUUGACAUUUAUGCCUCAUAUUCUCCACCGUCAUCACAGCCUGAAAUGGAAACAUCAUCUCCACUCUGCCUCUGAAUACUAAAUGACACGCAGCCAGUGCCAUAGCAACAAAUAAACCCCUCCAAAAUAUGUCCACGGAAUGGAAUUAUCAGAGUACGGAGAAUAGAUUGGGAUUUAAUUAGUGCUUCCUAAUGAAAAUAGUUUGGUAUAAAUGACAUUCUCACAGGUAUCCGUUUGAUCUCGGGUCCAAAUCUGCUGUUAGAGUGUGAGUGAACGCGGCAGGGGACAGUACAGAUGUUUCACCAGGCGCCGCCGUCUCGCACGGAUCCUCCGAAGACGCCUCUGCUGUUGUUAGCGCGCGACUUGUCGUGACAAUCUCCUGACGCGGUCGUCAAACUCGCGUGUGUCUGAAAACGGCUUCACGGUUGUUUCUGAAUAAAAACGCCCUGUUUUUAUUCAUUAUGAGGUUAUUUUAUUUGGAAAUGCU